UAAUCGACUCUCGCACAAGGCCCUAAGCAAUGACAGCGAUGUUGAAUAUUGCUUCCAAUGUGUCUGAUGUUGUAUUUAACCUAAUUACCUAAAUACUAGACUCGCCGUUCAUCACAUAACGUUUAGGUUUGCUGGAUAACAUCUCGACACGUUCGGUGUUAGGCGGAUCUCCUGCACACCUAAAACAUAUUUCUACCGUAACACCUUGUCCUAUCUAUAAAAAGCUGUCAGCUAAGAAAAGCGUCCGCGUGCAGCUUCAAGCUUUACAGACCAUUGUGGGAUUCGGUAGUAUUCUAUGACCGUGGGAUUCGCGUGACCUGUGACCUCUGAGACACGCACUGACCGGGAGACAGGAUGGCGAGCCAGUGCCGCCAGAACUACCACGAGGACUCUGAGGCCGGGGUCAACAAACAGAUCAACAUGGAGCUGUUCGCCAGCUACACCUACCUCUCUAUGGCCUACUUUUUCGACCGGGACGACGUCGCCUUCCCCGGCUUCUUCGACUACUUCAAGAAGGCUUCUGACGAGGAGCGCGAGCACGCGCAGAAGCUGAUGAAGUUCCAGAACCAGCGCGGCGGACGGGUGCUGCUGCAGCCCGUCAUGAAGCCGGCUCAGGACCAGUGGGGCUCGCCGCUGGCGGCCGCCCGCGCCGCCCUCGAGCUGGAGAAGUCGGUGAAUCAGUCGCUGCUGGAUCUACACACGGUGGCCGGCUCGCACGGCGACGCCCAGAUGUGCGACUUCAUCGAGAACGAGUUCCUCACCGAACAGGUGGAGGCGAUCAAGGAGCUGGGUGACAUGAUUACAAGGAUGGAGCGUUGUGGCCCGGGUCUUGGAGAGUACCUCUUCGACCGCGACCUCAAGAAGGAGUGAGCACCGCGGCCCGGGCCUGGGAGAGUACCUCUUCGACCGCGACCUCAAGAAGGACUGAGCACCGCGGCCAGGGCCUGGGAGAUCUGUUCGACCGCGACCUCAAGAAGGAGUGAGCGCUAAGCACUCCAUUUCUUUUCCCGGCGUCACCGAUGAGGGUCGUCGCCAGCCGGAGUUCUCAAUCGUGUACUGCGGAUUUCAGGUAUUGAAACGUUGAGUUGAGCAUUGUUGAUAAGAUUAUCAGGAGUAUGAAAAAUAACCUCUUGCUCAUAUCUGAUUUGCUUGUUCCAUUGUAACACUGUACCACUGAGGAAGGGCCACGCCCGAAUAUAUAUUGGUCUUUAAUUUUUUAAUUCCUUCAGAUAUGAGCAAGAGGUUAUUUUUCAUACUCCUGGUGUACUGCGGAGUUCGACAACCGUGUAGGUACGCUUGUUUCAGUGGUGAAAUGUAGCGUGCGUCAUGUGCAUCUAAAAAUUGUGCGUUUAACUCCACAACCUUCGGAAGUCGCCGGCAGCGGGCCUCCUGUUGAUAUUGUCAGUUAAAGUGAGUACAAAUAGCAAUAAAUCCAGACCAACUAACA